AUGACGUAAUUUGACUUCAUAAAGUUUUUUUGUUAUUUGAGAACGUUUUUCAUUCACAUAGACACUUGCGAAUUCAGUAUCCCGAGGCUUGAGCUGUACAAGAGCAGAAUCCCGAGCGCUCAAUAUCCUUUUCAUCGUCGAUUUUGCGAAAUCGCUAGGUUUGUUCUUCAUUUCAACAGCGUGUCUUCAAAAAAACUAAUGCCGUGUUCAAAGUAAUUUCCGCGAAAUGCAAAAUACCCGUUAGAGAAAGGAAAAGAUCACUAAAUUUUGGAGAGUCAGAGAUCAUUUUGCAUUUCGCGGAAAUUACUUUAAACACGGCAUAAUUAUUCAAGAUCUCAUGAGAUGGAAAGCAGCAAGGCAAAUCGUCGCAGUCGGGCAGAAAAGUUCGUUGUUGACCUGACCAUCGGCGGGAUAUCGGCGUCCAUAUCGAAGACUGUUGUAGCACCUAUGGAACGAGUAAAGCUUCUAUUGCAGGUUUUUGAUUACUCUGAGGUUUUUUUCAAAUGAAUUCUUAGGUUCAAUAUUCACAUAAGGACAUUCCAGCAGAUAAAAGGUACAAAGGUAUAAUCGACGCUUUUGUGCGCGUACCGAAAGAGCAAGGAUUCGCUUCGUUCUGGCGCGGAAAUUUAACAAAUGUGAUUCGUUACUUUCCUACCCAGGUUUGCGGAGAGCCAGUUUUUUCCCUCAAAAUUUCGAAUUGUUUAGGCCUUCAACUUUGCUUUCAACGAUCUUUAUAAAUCGAUCCUGUUGAAAAACGUGUCCAGAGAAGGGGUAGGAGGUUCCAAGGUGACUGUGCACGAUUUUCCCAUUUGAGAACAUGUGGUCAUACAGCGUUAGGUCUCUUGUUUCUGGAGGUUUGGCCGGAUCGACGUCGCUUUGCAUCGUCUAUCCCCUCGAUUUCAUUAGAACGCGAUUAUCUGUGGACAUGGGCCAUAAAGGCAACCGGGAGUACAAGGUAUACUCAGUUUGAAAACUUCUUCUCAAGUGUUAAUUUCAGGGAUUAGUUGACUGCGCCUCAAAAACGAUGAAGCAAGAAGGUUUUCGCGGAUUGUAUCGAGGUUUUCUGAUUUCUCUACAGGUUGAUUACUGCUGAAUUUCCAUAUUUUCGUAUUUUUUCAGACGUAUUUCAUCUAUCGAUCCGUUUAUUUUGGAAUGUACGAUUUUGUCCAGAACGCCCUGAGAAAAGACAAUAAAAAGCUUCCGUUUGUCGCUUCAUACGCCAUCGCUCAAGUUAGUGAUAAACUGAAUUUUUUUUCCGUAGUGAUAAAAAAAUAAAUUUUUUUGAUUCAAACGAUAAUUUAAUAUAUCUACUUUACUUUUUUUCAGAGUUUUGAAACGUCCCCGCAUUAAUUUUUUUGAAAAAGAUUCAGUUUUUUUAAAAAGUUUUCACAUCCUAUAAUUUUUUUAGUUUUUUUAAUCUUAUAACGUCUUGAUUAAAAAAAUUGUUAGUUGUUUCAGUUAUUCUUUUUGAAGAUUUUGAUUUAUUCUGUCUGAAUAGAAUUUCUAGCUUGUAUCAUCACAUUAGCUUCUUUUUGUAUAUGCUCUCCUAUUACUUUUUUUAUACUUACAUGUUUCCCUUUGAGAGAAUCCAAUUUUAAAAAAAUUUAUAAAAAAUUGAAGUCGUGGUUUCAAAUUUUUACAGUCAAACUAAAGUUUUAACAUGAUACUUUUUUUAAUUCUUCCAAGGAAGCUAUUUUAAAUCGAUUUCAAAGAAAAAAACGGUGAAAAAAAGUUAUUUUCAGGUAGUGACAGUGAGUUCGAGUUAUCUGACGUAUCCGUGGGACACGAUCCGGAGGAGAAUGAUGGUGAAGGGCGAGCUGAGUACGGCGAACGCCCUCGCUUCGGCCAAGAAAAUAAUCGCCGAAGAAGGCGUCCGAGGACUUUACAAAGGAGCUCUCGCCAAUAUUUUCCGGUCAGUUUUUCUCCUUACUGAUAUUAUUUUCCUCAGGCCGUGUUAAGAUUAAAUUCUCGCAAAAUGAAAAUUUUUCUCUUCCGUAGUUUAGUUAUCUUUUUCACUCUCUGACGGCUAUUUUGAAAUUUGCGGAAUUACUGUGAACACAAAAAUCCUAGAUCAUUUACUUGAUAUUUUUUUGUCAAAACAAUUAUUAAAAAAAUCUUAAUAACUCGAUUUUCCAGAAGUGCCGGCGGAGCACUCGUUAUGGCGAUAUACGAAGAAAUCCACAAGCAUUUAUAG